CAGGUCACAUGGCAGUGAAGGGGUUUAUCCCCGCCUUGCAGAGCCUUUCCUGGGACCUCAGCCACCCAAGCCCAUGGCCACAGCCCUUGCGCUUCUCAUCGGUGUCCUGCUCCCCUGCUGGGGUUCAUUCCCACAGUUUAAAAAAGGCUUUACAAAGCCGAAUGGGGCUAGGUGCUCCCACCACUCUGAAUGCUACAGUGACUGCUGUCUCAUCAACUUGGACCUCGGUGGUGCCUUCUGUGCCCCUAGGGCCAGAAUGACAAUGACGUGCUUGCCCCAGACCAAGGGCGCCAUCAACAUUGUCUGUCCCUGCCAAGGAGGCCUGACUUGCUUCCACAAGGACCCAGACUGUAACCGCCAGUGCCGUUUGAUUUAGAGGAGGCUGCAGGCUGGUCACCACCCCAGCCCCUCGGAGCCAGAGGCCUUGGGGGACCCUCUCUUGCUCAAAGGGCAUUAAAGUCACUUCCUGGCUCUG